AUGUCCUGGGGUGCCCCCGGGCAGGACCUCGGGUACAGCCCCCCCUGUUUCCCCCUCGCAGACAGCAAAGCGAUUGUGGACGGGAACCUGAAACUGAUCCUGGGGCUGAUCUGGACCCUCAUCCUGCACUAUUCCAUCUCCAUGCCGAUGUGGGAGGAGGAGGAGGAGGGGGAUGAAGGGCGCCGCCAGACCCCCAAGCAGCGGCUGCUGGGCUGGAUCCAGAACAAGGUGCCGCAGCUGCCCAUCACCAACUUCAAUCGCGACUGGCGCGACGGGAAAGCUCUGGGAGCGCUGGUGGACAACUGUGCCCCUGGCCUGUGCCCAGACUGGGAGAAGUGGGAUCCCAACGAGCCGGUGCAGAACGCCCGGGAGGCCAUGCAGCAGGCGGACGACUGGCUGGGGGUCCCCCAGGUGAUCGCCCCCGAGGAGAUCGUGGACCCUGACGUGGACGAGCACUCGGUGAUGACGUACCUGUCCCAGUUCCCCAAGGCCAAGCUCAAACCGGGGGCCCCCCUGCGCCCGCGGCCCCCCCAGCCCGGCCGUGCCCGCGCCUACGGGCCUGGCAUCGAGCCACAGGGGAACGUGGUGCUGCGCCCAGCCCAGUUCACGGUGGAGACCCUCGAUGCAGGGGUGGGCGAGGUCCUGGUCUAUGUUGAGGACCCCGAGGGACACACUGAGGAGGCCAAGGUGGUCCCCAACAACGACAAGAAGCGAACGUACAGCGUCACCUACGUCCCCAAGGUCGCGGGGCUGCACAAGGUGACGGUGCUGUUCGCGGGGCAGAACAUCGACGGCAGCCCCUUCGGGGUGGGCGUGGCCAUGGCCCUGGGUGACGCCAGCAAGGUGACAGCGCGUGGCCCCGGCCUGGAGCCCGUGGGCAACGUGGCCAACAAGGCCACCUACUUUGACAUCUACACUGCAGGGGCCGGCUCGGGCGACGUUGGGGUGGUGAUCACGGACCCCCAGGGCCGGCGGGACACGGUGGAGGUGAUGCUGGAGGACAAAGGGGACAACGUGUUCCGCUGCACCUACCGGCCUGUCCUCGAGGGGCCGCACACCAUCUGUGUCACCUACGCUGGCACCCAGGUCCCCAAGAGCCCCUUCACCGUCAACGUGGCUGAAGCCUGCACCCCCUCAGCGGUGCGGGCGGCGGGCCGGGGGCUGCAGCCACGGGGGAUCCGGGUGCAGGAGGUGGCCGACUUCAAGGUGAUGACACGGGGUGCGGGCAGCGGGGACCUGCGGGUGACGCUGCGGGGGCCAGGGGGCACGGAGGAGCCGGUGACAGUGCGGGACGUGGGCGACGGCGUCUACGAGUGCGAGUACCUGCCCCGGGUCCCCGGCACCUACCAGGUGUCCAUCACCUGGGGGGGCUACGCCAUCCCCCGCAGCCCGUUCGAGGUGCAGGUGUCCCCCCAGCCAGGGACACAGAAGGUCCGGGCCUGGGGGCCGGGGCUCGAGGGAGGGGUCGUGGGACGCCCUGCAGACUUCGUGGUUGAGGCCAUCGGCACCGAAGUGGGGACCCUCGGGUUCUCCAUCGAGGGCCCGUCGCAGGCGCGCAUCGAGUGCGACGACAAGGGCGACGGCUCGUGCGACGUGCGGUACUGGCCCACCGAGCCGGGGCCCUACGCCGUGCACGUGGUGUGCGAUGACGAGGACAUCCGGGACAGCCCCUUCAUGGCCGACAUCCGCCCCGCGCCCCCCGACUCCUGGCCCGACAAGGUGAAGGCCUUUGGACCGGGGCUGGAGCCCACGGGCUGCAUCGUGGACCGCCCGGCCGAGUUCACCAUCGACGCCCGUGGUGCUGGCAAGGGGCCUCUCAAGCUCUACGCGCAGGACGCCGAGGGCUUCCCCAUCGACAUCAAGGUGAAGGACAACGGUGACGGCACCUUCCACUGCGUCUACGUCCCCACCAAAGCCAUCAAGCACACGGUCAUCGUUGCCUGGGGGGGCGUCAACACCCCCAACAGCCCCUUCCGCGUGAGCGUGGGGGAGGGAAGCCACCCUGGCAGGGUGAAAGUGCACGGGCCAGGCGUGGAGAAGACGGGGCUGAAGGCCAAUGAACCUACCUACUUCACCGUGGACUGCAGCGAGGCUGGACAGGGUGAUGUCAGCAUUGGGAUCAAGUGUGCCCCAGGGGUGGUGGGGCCGCUCGAGGCCGACAUCGACUUUGACAUCAUCAAGAACGACAACGACACCUUCACGGUCAAGUACACGGCGCCGGGCGCGGGGCUCUACACCAUCAUGGUGCUCUUUGCCAACCAGGAGAUCCCCUCCAGCCCCUUCCGCAUCAAGGUGGACCCGUCCCACGACGCCAGCAAGGUCAAGGCUGAGGGCCCAGGGCUCAACCGCACGGGGGUGGAGGUGGGGACCCCAACCCACUUCCGUGUGCAGACGCGGGGGGCGGGGAAGGCCCCCCUGGACGUGCGGUUCGCGGGGACGGGGCCCGGCCCGGCCGUCGCUGACUUCGAGGUCAUCGACAAUCACGACUAUUCCUACACUGUCAAGUACACCCCGCUGCAGCAG